AUGUGGACACCACCGCUGCCCUUCACCCCAGAGCUGAAGACACAGCUGGAGGACAGUGGCAUCAAGCUGGACCAGAAGAGCAUCGAGUUCUUCGCCCUCUUUUGUGGUGGGCAUCGCGGCAUUUUCAUCGCUGCGAUGCACUGGGUGAAGAGCAUGCAGAACGGUGAAGGCUGGGAAUUCGACAGGACUGUGGAGCUUGUGCGCUGCAGCUAUGGCAAUGGGGAUUGGACAACUGGCACAGAGAUUUUAGCGUUUGUGAGACAGAGUCGUGCAGUGCGUAUCAAUGGUAGGUUCAACGCUCUUGAACAAAUUCCUCGGGAGUUUGCAGAGCUGCUGUGCAAAGGGGCAACCAGCAUCGCAAAAGCGGACGUUCGGAGAGAGCUUACCAUCAACGGCUUUGUACUUCCCAAACAUGACAGAGGCAUUGAGGGAGAGUUCCAAAAACUGGAUUGGAACAACGCACACAUGACAUACCAAGUGGCAAACCCUCUACUGGCCUCGUAUUACCGCUUCGUUCUGGCGAAGGAAUGCGGUUUAGAGGUUCAGCUUGAGCCCAGCAAUCCCCAACAUUGUGCUGAUUUAUUGCUGCGAGCCCUACCCUACGCGUUCUUUGCCGAAGUGGUGUGUUUCUCAUUGUCAAGAAAGCUGCUACCUCACGAAGUCCAGUACAACCAGUGCUUUCAGGCAAUAUGGAAGAAGUUGAACUACCGUGCCCUCGAAUUCCACAGCUCAUGUACUGGUGAAGGCAAGCCCGAUUGCGCCGUGCAGAUCGAGAAGGAGACUUUUGUCUUGGAGGGUGUGAUGCAUGUCCGCGGGCAGGGACAAAUCAAUCAGCACCUUCAGCGCUUCAACAACAUGGUCAACUACAAGAACGCCAAGCACCAGGGUCUCUACAUCAUCGGCAACGACAGCGACAAGAUGCUCAAGACCUUGAAAAACACUAAAGCCGGUAAGGUUCAACUGAUAGGCUUAGUCCCCAACAUCGCCCACACCGCGUACACUGUCCACGUCAAGAGUGAGGGCAUCGAAGGCAUCAACACCUGCAACGUGGACUGCGACCUUGUGGCAAGAAGGUUGGUGCUCAAAGACGAUGGCAAACCUGAGCUCCACAGCGUGCAGUCGCUCAAGAGCAUCAACCUGUCUCCAAAAGCUGAGACCAGCCCCUUGCACUUGCUUUGCACCGCCUUGUUUUGUCAGCCUGCGAAGACAGAGAUGGUCUGGGUGCGAGAGUUGAAGGAGGAGAACGGCGAGUACAAGCUGGUGGGCAAUGCCCUUCCAACCGAGCCUGUGCCGAAGAACAUCGGCUUCCUGAAGGAGGUCAUCAAGGAGAAGGCGCAGUUGCAACCGCCUGCUCACACUCUCACCGUCUACCACCUCACCGAAGGCACGUGGGAGGAGGAGAAGAAGAUGAGCGCUGCAUUGCGCCCUUCCACGGAAGAGACUCCUUACGGGUAUCUUGUACCAUAG